GAGAGGGAGGACGGGGGUGAGGGGAGUUGAAUGAUUGAACUUUCUUGUGUAGUUUCUGCUGCGCGGAGGUGUCCGUCCCCGGCGCAGCCCGGCACCAGCCCGCCGAGCGGGAGCGAGCUCACCCCGGCGCCUGCAGCCGCCCGGCCGCCCUGUGCCCUCCUCUCCCGCGGAGCGAUGGUGCGGAGGGCGCCCGGCGUGUCCCUCGCCCUGCUCCUCUGGGUGACGGCCGCCUGCGGCAGCCCCGACGGGCCGGGGGCCGCCGCCGCCGCCCGAAGGCAGGACGAGGCUUUCGCCGCCGCCAGAUGCACCUCCAGGUGCCUGAGCCUCCAGAUCACCCGCAUCUCCGCCUUCUUCAAGCAUUUCCAGAACAAUGGGUCACUUGCUUGGUGCCAGAAUCAUAAGCAGUGUUCAAAGGUAAAUAAAACAGUUGAUUGCUUUUAUGAGUAUUAA